UAAAAAAAGACCCACCAGGACGAUCUUUGCCUUCACGAGCACCACGGUCGAGAGGGUGGAAAGGAUCGGACCAACUGGUGCGAAUGAAAGGAAGAAAGGAAUGGUAGGUAAGCACUUUGGACCCUCUUCACACACUUUAAAAGCUACAAUUAGCAAAACUUACGAGAUUUGAACAAGAACUUAUAGAACCGCUUUCUGCGCCGACCCUCAUCAACUGAUCGCGUGUUUGACUCGGCAAGAUCUUGCCCUGCCACAAGAACCAGCAUGGCUGCGAUUAGCAGCAGCUGCUUAAGUAAAGCCAUAAUCACCGGUUCACUACUUCACGCAAACGCAAUUUUCCACCAAACAAUAAUAGCACACGAAACGACAAAGACACGUUUGGCUGAUCCUUUUAUUCCACAAACACGAAAUAAACACACACGCUUCACCCCACCAAUAUCACUGUACAAUUUGUCCCCGUUCACUGUGGCACACGGAUGUGGCGCGAAUGCGACCCAAAAGCAUGGGUGGGCAGCAUUUUAUACGGCUGCCAUCGCACACCGACGCUGAACGACGAAUCUCUGUAAUAAUUGAAGCUAAUUCUCAACUGCCGCGCCACUCCGGUUCCGGACGGGUGUUGUGUAUGUGUGUCUGUGGGGGGAUGGCAUCUCACUUUCUUCCGCUGGGUGGAAAUUAGCGGAACACGAUCCCCCAUCGGAACCAUGCCAUAUUCAGGGAGGGCUCAAAAUAUGGACCAGAAACGUCGAACACGUGGAGAUGUUUUUGGUAACGGGUAAAGCUUGUUGUUUUACCUUUUUGGAUGGCGAUGUGGAUCAUUGAGGAUGAGAAUUCCACAAAAUACUCCGAGUAUGGUGAGGUGCAUCGAAGGGAUAAAUUAAUAUUGAAUGAAGCUAUUGUUUGGUUGCUACUGAACGAUUCGUCUAGUAAAUACGGUUAGCUUAAGUGUGACUUACUUUUGAUACACAAAACAAAAGUAUUUGAUUGGGAGAGGGUUGAUAGAGCUAGAGAGCAGAUAGGACUUAUGAUCAUGCUAAAAAGUUUUAUUUACUGCAAGCUGAGAAUUAAUUAACUAACAAACGACGAUAUUUUAAGAUAAAAAGAAAUAUUAAAUGAUUGUUAUUGAAAUAGAAUAAUCAUAAAAACAGAUAUAACUGUAAGAGUAUGCAAUAUAAUAAAUUAAAUAAAUCACUUAAACAAAAUUAUAUAAAAAUAAAAUAUAAAAAAAGAAAUAAAUUAAUAAACAAAAUAGCAAACCUAUUCCAACAAAUUAAUAGUACAUAAACCAAACAAAUAACACAUAAUAAUUACAAGUAGUAUAUUCAAACUAAAACAUAAACAACAACAAAUCAAAAGACUAAAGCACUGAAAAACGUUGCUAGCAUUAAUUGAACAAACAACAAAUACGCUAAAAAGAACUAGUAAGUGAACAAAGCUAAAAUAGUAAUAAAAAAUUAAAGACAGAAAAAGGAAAACAACCAAAAAAAAAAAAAUAAAUAAAUAAACUUAUCUAAAAGCAGUAACAAAGAAGAUGCAAAUUAAAACACCAAUGGUUGAUCAUAACAUAACAUGGCUUAACAUACCCGUCAUGGGUUCAAGUCCCGAAUAGACCGUGCCCCCAUACGUAGGACUGACUAUCCUGCUAUGGUAACAACAAGUCACUGAAAGCCAAGCUCACUUCCCUAGUGAGUACAGGCAGGCCUUGACCGACAGCGGUUGUUGUGCCAAAGAAGAAGAAGAAGGUUGAUCAUGCAAAGGUAACAAAAACGAUUCCCCGUGGAACCCCAACGAUAGGAAAAAAAAACGAAUCAUUGUUAAGAACAACUUUACGCAAUCCAAUUGCGCAACCGAGCACUCUUUUUCCAUUCUCCGGUUCCGGUAACCGUCAUCACCGUUUCUAAGUUGCGUAAGUUACGCAAAGAAGGCCGUAAGCACGAAGAAGUUUCAGCACUGCGAUAUUCACCACACUGUGCAUUAGAAAACCAGCGAUCGAUAAGAAAGUGUCAACAAAAAGUGGUGCUGAAAUGAAAGUGAAUGUGCACCACUUUCCGGGUAGAAAAUAUCCCGAUUACUAACAUGCCUACAUGUCUCCCAUCGCUCGCCCUCCCCAGUUAAAGGAUGGUGUUAAUUAUGCUUUAACGUUUUAAGCCACAGCGCCAGACAGCGCCAGACCAGCGAUAUGCGCAAUAUGGAAGUAGCGUACUUUCUUCCUUGCCACACAUGCGACAUUUAGCACCAUAACUUUUGGAGUUUGGCGGUGCUGGAGAAGGAAGAAGAUUGUGUCAGAUGCUUCUAUUUUGGUUUUCCUUUCCGGCCAACUGGGCGAUCGCAUCGAGGUGAAGCAUCUGAUCGGGUCAUUUUCAAACGAUCGUCCAUCCUGAGAUGGAGCGUUACCUGUCAGCUGUCGCUCUGCUUGCUUUGUCGGCAGUGGUUGUCGUCGUUGGAGAGGGAACGGAAGGAUCUAACUCCACUGCGGGUGCACUGGUUGAGGCCAGGUACGAUCAUUAUGAAGACAUCUUCCGAUACUGGUGGCCUUGGUUCACGGACCUAUCGACGGUCAUCGCGAUCAAGCUUAAGAUCUGGAUCGUACUGGUGGCGAUGCACGUGUUCGGCGAUGGGUACUACUGGUCCAAGUGGACCGGGUCCGGUGAACCGACCUACCAUCAGCCGCCAGGCUUUGGUUGGGGUCGUCGUAAGAGGAGAGCUAUUUCCGAAGAGAAUUCGGGCUUGGCGGAGCUAAUUUUCAACCAGCUCGACAUCGAAGACGACACAUGCCGAAGGCGCAUCGUGUGUGAGCUCUAUCUCGAAGGCAAACGGGUGCCGGAGCUGUGGAGAGCGUUGGCCGCCCCAGGAUAUGAAGUGUUUCGUGCCUAUCGUCCAAAAGCGACCGUUCGUAGCUCGGCUCAAUGUCGCAAGCUUUACCAGUGUGAGCUAUCGCAUAGAAAGGAUGGAACAGCCGGGUGGUUUCAGCAACCAAAUGCACUAAGUGAUACGGAUGGAGAUGACUGGCGAUGGCCACGGUAAGAAAGAGGUUCACGCGGAAAUUGUUGUUAAGAU